ACCACGGCGCUGUACAAACCGGAAGACGUCAUCAGUCUCACAGCUGUAGAAGAAGAGCGGGUCGUGGUAGAGGAGCGUACAGAAGUUAGACAGAUAACCAGAUGGAGGAUCUUUGCUCCUGACGGAACCCAUCCACUGUGUAAGACACAGCAAACACCUGUGUCACCAUCCACCUGUCAGUCAAAGAGGCCACGCCCCUAGUCAUGCAGCCUUUAAGGCUGGAUACAUUUUAAACAGGUUACAAGUUACAAAACUAAAUAUUUGUGCAACUAACAGUCUGGAUUGGUCUGGUGCCAGUCCCAGAUGCGGGGCGGCCAGCCGCUGGUGGAGGUGGUCCGCCUGGGCCUGGUCUCCUAUCAGGAGGCUCUGCGACUGCAGCAGGUCUACGUGAACCGGCACCGGUCCGGCCCUGCUCACGCUCUGCUGCUGUGUGAGCACCCGCCAGUCUACACCACCGGGAUCCGCCACAAACCCUACCCCGAGCCCCUGCUGGACCAACUGCGCCUGCUGGGAGCCGAUGUGCACCGGGCAAACCGGGGAGGACUCAUCACCUUCCACGGGCCGGGACAACUGGUCUGCUACCCAGUCCUGAACCUGUGCAGCUUCAAGAAGAGCGUGCGGUGGUACGUCGAUCAGCUGGAGCAGACCGUCAUCGCACUCUGCAGCAGGUUCGCCAUCCGAGCUACGACGUCCCCUCACACGGGAGUUUGGGUCGGAGACAAUAAGAUAUGCGCCAUCGGAAUACACUGUGGCCGCUACAUCACGUCUCACGGUCUGGCGCUGAACUGCUGCACUGACCUGUCGUGGUUCGACCACAUCGUUCCGUGUGGGAUCGAAGGGAAAGGCGUGACAUCGCUGAGUGCCGAGCUGCGGAGACACGCUAGCGUGGAGGAGGUCGUCCCUCACCUGCUGCACGCCUUCACGCAACAGUUCAACUGUCAGUUGACCGAGGCAGCGCAGGACGGCGGCGAGUCACCGACGCCUGUGACAUCAGCAGGAACCUCCGCACUCACUAACCUGAGGGAUAACUGAGCACAAACUUUCUGAUCUGCAUGUGCUGAGCAGUUUUGGUAUCAUCAUCAUCAUCAGUGCCUGACCUGUAACUGACGGAGAGCAUGUAGGCGGAGCCUCUCAGAGCUCUUUUCUGGUCUUGGUGUUGAUAUUUUCAAUAUUAGGCUCACAGGGUGAAAGGGUAACACCUUGAAAACUCACUGCAGUGCCCUCAGUUUGCACUGCAAUAAAAAACUGAGUGAAUGGAAAGGAAUGAAAAGUUUUCAUUUAUUAAAUUUUCCUUCCAGUGAAUGGCAGAGCCCCUCCACUGAAACAAAGGUCCCAGACAUCACUUUGAACUGGCCCUGUUAGCCUACGUUCACACUGCAGGUCUUAACGCUCAAUUCCGAUUUUUUGAUCAAAUCCGAUUUUUUUGUCUGCUCGUUCACACUACAAAUAAAAUGAGACAGCAAACGCUCUCUAGUGUGAACGCUCAAAGCGGCUCGCAUGCGCAAAAGAAGACGUCACACACAACGCGCUCUGUUUAGACCCAGAGCAAACAAUAGUUUGACUGAUGGCCUUAAUAUAAAGACUUCGGACUUUACGUUUCCCAAUUUUUGCUUUAAGUUAUUUUGUUAUUUACAUAAUAAUGUAAAUAACCUAAUAAUUAUCCUUAUUGCUGUUUUAGAGGAGCGGUGCUUCAAAGGAUAGUUGCAGAUUUCUGUCAGAAUCUGCCGAUUAUACAGUACAAAUAAAAUGUUCACGUUUCUCCAACGUUGUCUUCCCAACAAUUUCACUAACAUCUACACGGGAUGGCCAGGAAGCGUUCGUGAUGUCUUCUCCGGAGCUGAUAAUUGGCGUCUGUCUUGUGUCAGUGACGUAAAAGACGGAUUUCAUGCGACAUGACCAUCAAACAGCAGUCGCUUUCUAAAACAUCAGAUAUGUAUCGGAUUCAGGACCACAUACGAAAGUGACCCAGAUCGGAUUUGAAAAUAUCAGAUUUGUGCCGUUCACACUGUCAUACCAUGAUCGGAUAUGGGUCGCAUAGGGUCAAACAAAUCGGAUUUGAUGCGCUUUCGCCUGCAGUGUGAACGUAGCCUUAAUGAAGCCCACACCUGUCCAGGUGUGCUGCUCUGGUCUGGAUCAAAGCUCGGUUUGACUUCUUUUGGUCACAUGAUCUAACAGCUGUUUUUAUAAUGCUGGAUGAAGGUCUAUUCACAUUCAUCUGUGUUUAUUUAAUGACUUCACACCUCAUUUGCAUAUUCACACCUGAAUACACAAAAAAGUCACUCAGUGUGUCUGUGAUGUGUUAAAGUGUCGUCUGCAGUAAAAUGUCAGGCAGCUGUUACUGCUCAUGGAGUCUCACUGAUGGCCCAGGUGAGUAUUUAUAACGGGACAGGUCAGCUUUGCACGAUUCACAGUAAAGAAUAAUCCUUCUUAAUCUGACAGUGGACGUCGGUUCAGCUUCUCUGUCUGAAACAAGCUGUUUUAUCUCAUCCCCCUUUAAGGAACGUUUCUUCUGAUUGGCUGCUCCUCACAGAGGUUUAACCUCUGGCUGCUCUUCUACGUCUAUGAGAGUAAAAAAUCUGUGACAAAAGUUUAGAGCAGCCAGAGCUUCACUUCACAUUAUUAAAUCCAGAAUUGAAUUCAAAAUCCUGCUCCUCACAUACAAGAUCUUAAAUAAUCAGGCCCCAUCUUAUCUUAAUGACCUUGUAGUACCAUAUCACCCUAUUAGAGCACUUCGCUCUCACACUGCAGGCUUACUUGUUGUUCCUAGAGUAUUUAAAAGUAGAAUGGGAGGCAGAGCCUUCAGUUUUCAGGCCCCUCUUCUGUGGAACCAGCUUCCAGUUUGGAUUCAGGAGACAGACACUAGAGCAGGGCAAUAUGAGCAAAAAUAUUUAUCACGAUAUACAUUUGAAAAUUUGCGAUAACGAUAUAAUUGACACUAGACAAAAUACUUUACAACUCCACAACUUUAUUAGUGCAACAACCCCCAUCAAUGUAUUUUCACUUAAACAAGCAGCUGUUUUUUAUGUGCAUUAAAGUUAUAUAAAAAUGUAACAGUGCAAAUGCAAAUUCCUUGCUGACAGUUUAACCAAAAGGCAUUUCCAGUGGAAACUGGCCGACAUAUC